UCUCUUCCUGAACCCUUCAACUGGAGUUAACUCAACCACUUCCUUUGAAUCCCCAAAGCUGCUACGUACAAUUAGCAGCAGAAAAAAAAAAAAAAAAAGCAUAAUUACUUUAAUCCAAACGAAUAAUAAUAGCAAUUAAAAAGAAAGAGAAAGAGAAUGUCUUGGCUCUUCAAGUCCAACCACCCUGACCCUGAAUCUUCGCACCUUCACCGCACCGUUACCAACUCCUCUUCGCCGGCUGUGCUGCCGCUCACCACCGCCGAUCGCCACGGCGUCAAGGACGACAUAUCGCUUAUUUUCCGCGGCGUCGCCAACUUUCUCGCUCCACCGCCAUCUUCUUCUUCUUACGCCGGCGAUUCCUCGUCUUCGCAAACUCUCGCCGGAAUCCGGAACGAUCUCGUGGAGAUCGGCGGAAGCUUCAAGAGCUCGCUCUCCCUUCUCUCCUCGAACAAAGCCGUCACCGGAAUCUCGAAGAUCGCUUCUCAAUUGUUGCAGUUCGAGCCUGAUCAACAGCGUGUUGAUGGUGAUGCGGUGCCUGGUACAACGGAGGAUGUUGUUCGUUUCGUGAAGGAAAUUUCUACGCGGCCUGGGUGUUGGACCGAAUUUCCCUUGCCCCUCCAUAAUGCAGAUUUCAGCAUGUCCAAUUCUCAGAGAGAACAUGCAUUGGCUAUAGAACGGAUAGUGCCUGAAUUUGUUGCACUAAGACUGAACCUUUGCAGUUACAUGAAUGUGGAAAAGUUUUGGAUGAUCUAUUUUUUGUUAAUACUUCCAAGAUUAAAUCAGCAUGAUUUUGAGCGUCUAUCAACCCCCAAGAUUGUUGAAGCAAGAGAAAUGCUUCUGCUUAAACUUGAAGAGAGAAAAAAUUUGCAGGCAGGAGAAUGUGAAAAACCAAGGACUGUGGAUACAUAUCAAGAGGGUAGGGAGGACAGUGGAACAGGAAGUAUCUCAUUUGAGGACAACCAGAUUUUGACUGAGGUUACAAAUGCUGUGAAGGGUUUAGAAGUUGAUGACACGAUUAGUACUGAAAAAUGGAUGGAAGAUACAGAUAUUGAUGCUACUUCAUUGACUUCCUGUACAAAACUUCAACAGGAAGAGGACGUUUCAUUCAGUGACCUAGAGGAUGAUGUAAGUUAUAGUUCUGAUAAAUUAUCAGGCCAUAGGGAGGCACAGGACAUCAGGGGUUCAUCACCUGAUGGUUCAAGUGACUGGGUUCAGCUGCAUGAAAGUUCUGAGAGAGGUGGCUGGCAGAAGGCUCGUUUAAAAGGUAAGGAUUCGGAAGAUGAGUCAAAUGAGUGGCUCGCUGUUGAUGAGUUUAAUUAGAUAGGCUUUUUAAAGCUGUUGUGAAGGUUCAAUAUUUUUCCCUUAUCGACGGUUCCGUAUUUAGGGAUUAGAAAAUCAUAUAGUAUUUCUUUUGAUAUGCAUACGUACAUAUUUUUUGUUUGUCCAAGGCUAAUGUUUGGCAUCGGGUAAACCUCAUUCAUUGUGCUGAAAUGUGUACAAUGCAAACAAAAUCAAGGAUUUCAAUAAUUAUAUCUUAGU